GGGGGCGGCUCUGAAUUCUGGCCACGUCCCAGCCCUGCUCAGCGCAUAAAGCCAGAGCCCAGCUCAGCAGAGCCAUCUGCUCCAAGACAGAACCUGCACCAUGGCUAUGACCUUGGGGUACUGGGACCUUCGGGGGCUGGCUCACGCCAUCCGCCUGCUCCUGGAAUACACGGACACCAAGUAUGAGGAGAAGAAGUACAAGAUGGGCGACGCUCCCGACUAUGACAGAAGCCAGUGGCUGGAUGAAAAAUACAAGCUGGGCCUUGACUUCCCUAAUCUGCCCUACUUAAUUGAUGGGGCUCGCAGGAUCACCCAGAGCAAUGCCAUCCUUCGCUACCUGGCUCGCAAGAACAACCUGUGUGGGGAAACAGAAGAAGAGCAGAUUCGCAUGGACAUCUUGGAGAAUCAGAUUAUGGACUCAGUCAUGCAAAUGGCCCGGACGUGCUACAGCCCUGACUAUGAGAAACUGAAGCCGGACUACUUGAAGGGACUCCCUGAUACACUGAAGCAGUUCUCGCAGUUUCUGGGGAAGAGGCCUUGGUUUGCAGGGGACAAGCUCACCUAUGUGGACUUCCUGGCUUAUGAUCUCUUCGACAAGCUCCGCAUGUUUGAGCCCCCGUGCCUGGAUGCGUUCCCCAACCUGCAGGACUUCGUGGCCCGCUUUGAGGGCCUGAAGAAGAUCUCUGCCUACAUGAAGUCCAGCCGCUACCUUCCACGCCCCGUGUUUGGAAAAAUGGCGCUGUGGGGCAACAAGUAGGCGCUGCCAGGAAGGAAGCAGAAGUACAAAUAGUUUGUGGUUUCUAUGGUGGAGCCUCGUGAAUAUUUGGACUUUUCUACACCCUAAAGUCACCCUGUUGUGAUUUCUCCUCCUUCCCCUUGUCCACCUGACUCUGUCUUGAUGAUUCUUCCGGCUAGAGCCCCUGGUCUCUGCUCCCUGGGGGGAAGGGUGGCAUGGAUUUCCCACUGUAUCCCCCGCCCUAGUUCAGCCCUGCCCUAGAGACCAGGGCAGCUCCCUGUGGGGUGCCCCAGCCUCUCUGUUCCCCAGUAAAGCCUUCCUCAGUCUGCUG